ACUCACACACACGUGCGCCCGCACUCACUAGAUAACGGCUCGAGCUCGGGCAGAAGAAGCCCAGACGCAGAGUCCAGGGAGCGGCGCGUGGAGCAUCCUCCGUUCCUCGCGCCGGAGCUGGGGUCUUGCGGAGGCCAUGGACCACAUAGGGAUAGGCCUACUGGGGGCGCAUCUGCAGCAGCACGCGGAGCCCAUCAGCUUCGGCAUCGACCAGAUUCUCAGUAACGUGGAGCAGAGCUGCAUGCUGGGCGCGAGGAUGCACGAGCCGGACUACGGGGCCUACGAGAGCUGCGCGAGCAGCGGCGUGAACGGCGCCGGCUAUGUGUAUGGGAACACCGGAUAUAACAGCACCAGCAGCUCGUGCGGGAUGGCUUCACUCGGCGGGGCUUAUCACAUGAACAUGGGCGUGAAUGCGCACGGCACUAACGGGAGCUCCUCGCGGGUCAUCCGUGUCCCCGCGCACCGGCCGGUGGGCGGCGGGAACUCGUCGGUUCCACCGGGAAGCGGCUGCGGGAACGUCAACAACAUGACCGCGCUGACGUUCCCCUGGAUGGAGAGCAACCGACGCUACACCAAAGACAGGUUCACAGUGUCCCUCUCACCCCUCACUGUAACACGUCGUGUAGGUCACCCCUACCAGAACAGGACCCCUCCCAAGAAGAAGAAGCCUCGGACGUCCUUCACUCGGCUGCAGAUCUGUGAGCUGGAGAAGCGCUUCCAUCGGCAGAAGUACCUGGCGUCGGCCGAGCGGGCCGCCCUCGCCAAGGCCCUGAAGAUGACCGACGCCCAGGUCAAAACCUGGUUCCAAAACAGACGCACCAAAUGGAGGCGGCAGACGGCGGAGGAGCGGGAGGCGGAGAGGCAGCAGGCCAACCGGAUCCUCAUGCAGCUACAGCAGGAGGCCUUCCAGAAGACCAUCAACCAGCCGGUCACCCCGGACCCGCUGUGCCUGCAGAACAGCUCCCUGUUCGCCCUGCAGAACAUGCAGCCAUGGACCGAGAACACCGGCAAGAUCUGCAGCGUGUCGGCCUGCGAGUAGAGCCAAUGGACAGCCACUCGUCCUCCAGCUGGGGGCCUGCGCCUGUGCCGAGUACCGACUGACUGCUAAAGGGCAGAUACAGGGGCGUAGCCCGCGGGGGAGCUCUAAGGAAAACCCUCCGUGCUCUUAUUAUCACCACCUUCUGUCAGAAACACAGCUGGUGCUGCAUCUAACAACAGGCAUGCUUCAGAUGGCGUCCCUCAGGGCUACUGCUAUCAAAUCGGGGUCCAGUCUGAUCUGGAUCCUUGGGAGGUCUGUACUGACUCAGCCCUGCAGAGACCACACUGAGAUAUUUCGGAGUCAUCAUAAUGAACAUUGUGCUCCAUAAAAAAAAAAAAAAGUCCACGAGAGGAGCAGGACAGACUGGCAUCAGUGAGUUGUUGUGUAACCGUUUACCUAUAAGGGACGUAUUGUUUCAUAAUAUUUUCAUAUUUGUGUGUGCAUCUCUGCCAUUAGUGUCUGUCUGUGACUUUUAACUCAACUGCAAAACGCAGCACUUGUUUUAGCACCUGUGCAUUCAAAUAUAAUCUGACAAAAUGAAAUUGAUUUACAGCAACAAACCAGGAUGUGUGACUAUUUCAUAAUUUAGGAACAAAUGGGCCUAAAGGUCAAAAAGCUUCCGAUUUACAGACAGAUCAUAUAAAAUGACCAUACGUUUGACCACAGUUUAGCAUUUCACAUUUUUAUUUUUGUACAAACUGUAUUUUUUUAUUUCUCUUUCCCCACUGUGCUGAGGUGUGGAAGCAGAUCUCAGACCUGUGAGGCUGAGCUCAAACAAGCUGACCAAUCACGUGUCCAGGCUGUGUGCGUGCGUGCGUGCGUGCACGUUUUAUUCAUACUGAUAACAAUAAUAUAUUUUGUACACUGAAAUUAUUUUCUUUCUCUAUUGAGUUGAUAAUAGCCUACAGCUCAAUUUGAAAUGUAGUUCUAUAAAUAUCUUCUGCAUUUUUCAUACACAUGUAACUUUUAUUUUGCUCAGUGGAAAUAACUCAAAUGUAUUUCCAUGCCACAUACAUAUAUAUAUAUAUAUAUAUAUAUAUAUAUACAGAUUUGGUUACUUGGAGAUCCUAUGUAAUGUUCCAAUUGGUCAUAAAUCAUCAUGAGGGCACAAAACAUAGCUAUACAAAUUGAAACAUUAUAAUUAUAUAUCUAUCUUAAAACAAAGACAACAAGCAGCAGGUUACAACACAAGCCAUUGAACAACAGAGUAACAACCAGAAGUAACAAAACAAGUGGAAAGCAAACCAAUAUAAUAAAUCCAACUAAACCAAGGCUGGCUUACUGCAUAUGCCCAUCAAUUUCCGUAUUAAAACACAAUAUUGAGCAUUUUUUGUUCACUCGGGGACUGAAGAAUCAAGUAUUAACUAUAAAGUACUCACUUCCCGUACUCAAGUAGAAGCACAGAUACUUGUGUUAAAAAUACUCUGGUAAAAGUACUGAUUUAACUUCUUUACUCAAGUAAAAUUAACAAAGUACAGGCUUGGAAAUGUACUUAAAAUAUAAAAGUAAAAGUAGCCUUACGAAUGACAAAGCAUUUUAAAUGGAUAUCUGCCAACAGGCCUACAACGUCCCACACGUGAUUAUUGUGACUGAGACUGGGAGUGCAGGUCAAUAAGAUUCUGACUGAGCAGCAAGAUAUGAAUUCAAUUGUCAAUCUUAUCCCUCUGACUUAUGUCUGAGAGGUUUGAGACAUUAACGUUAACAUUAGCCCAAAAAGUCCAUUUGAGGCAAAACCAAGUAACGCUAAUGGUAACUUAAGUGGUCUCAAAAACAAGAACGGCCUUAACCCUCUAUUGCAUGGUGUUGCCAUGUGGCAAAGAUGCAAAAAGAAAAUCCAUUGUUUUCUGUUUAAUUGUGUAAAUAGGUCUUUUGAAGUGAAAUUUUAAAGUGUUAUUAACUUGCAUAACCAGGAAAUCCUGUUUCCCCGCCCCUUUUUCGUGCAUGUACCACACUAAAGAUCGAUUUACAGGAUCAGCCAAAAAGUAGUGAUUUUUUCUUAAUUUUAGAAGCAUUUCUUUGAAAAAAAAAAUCCAUCUGUUAUCUGGGGUAAGUACACUUUUAAUUUGAAUCCCUUAAACCAGUUAAAAUGCUAUAGUGUUCUGUAAAAGGCUAAAAUCAAUUAGUUGCCAUAUGGCAUAUAAGUUGACUUUGUUUGGAAUUUUUUCAAUAAAAGCAUAUUUUUAACCAAAUUAAUGGAUUUCUUGGCACUUUCCACAAAUGCGUGCCCCUUUAAUUUUUUUUUUACAAUUGCGUUAUUUAAGCAACCUGGAGUCAUAAAAACACAUCAAGACAUUUUUGCCAUGUUUAACAAAUAAUUCAUGCAAUAGAGGGUUAAGUAACAUUAACGUUAGAACAGCACUGCUACACUAAAUCAAGUUGCUGAAUUUGUUUUUAAUAUAAAGCUAUACACGCAGAAAUUGUAUCCGAUUAUUUUCAAAUAAAGUGAACGCUCCCUAACCUUAACGUUACUUGGGUUACUGGCUAAAUGCUGGAGAACCAAGGCAUGGCCAUUGCCAGCAGAACAAAUGUAACUA